CACCAUUGUCACAGUGGCUGUCGUCGACGUGUGUUUUCAGCCAAGUGUUUCUUGAGAAAAAAUGCCUUUUUCUCUGUAAAUCCGCAUUUAAUUGUCCAAUAAAUAGCAUCAACAAUGAAAUAUCCAUCUAUUGUUGCGUUUAUCUUAUCAAUAGUGGCUGUGUCUUGUGAUGAACAUUCACAUACUUAUGAAGACCACGAAGAAGUGGUCCUGUGGAUGAACACAGUUGGUCCCUACCAGAAUCGCCAGGAGACUUAUGCCUACUUUUCCCUUCCCUUCUGUGCUGGAACCAAACAGAGCAUCGGACACUACCAUGAGACCCUGUCGGAAGCUCUUCAGGGCGUGGAGCUGGAAUUCAGUGGAUAUGACAUCGACUUCAAGGAUGACGUUCAAGACUCCCCUGUUUGCAUGGUUGAACUCACCGAAGACAAGCUGAAGGCUUUCAUUUAUGCCACAAAGAAUGAUUACUGGUACCAAAUGUACAUUGACGGACUGCCCAUUUGGGGCAAGGUGGGCGGCCUAGACGAGGCCACGGGUAAGUACUACAUUUUCGCGCACAAACGCUUCGAGAUCGGUUACAAUGGCAAGCGAAUUGUUGACGUGAACCUGAGUACGGAGCGAAAGGAGGUCCUUUCCGUUGGGAGCAAAAUCCAGUUCACGUACGAGGUCAAAUGGAAGCCAAGUCCAGUAAAGUUUGAAGAUCGCUUCGACAAGUAUCUGGAUCCGAAUUUCUUCCAACAUCGGAUCCAUUGGUUUAGCAUCUUCAAUAGCUUCAUGAUGGUGAUUUUCUUAGUGGGAUUGGUAUCGAUGAUCCUGAUGCGAACGCUGCGGAAGGACUAUGCGCGGUACAGCAAAGAUGAGGAAAUGGAUGACAUGGAACGUGAUUUAGGGGAUGAAUAUGGAUGGAAACAGGUUCAUGGAGAUGUUUUCCGAUCACCAUCCAAUACUCUUCUAUUCUCUUCUCUCAUCGGAGCCGGAUAUCAACUCACUUCAGUCGUUCUCUGUGUCAUCAUUUUCGCAAUUCUUGGGGAACUCUAUACAGAACGAGGAUCCAUGCUGUCUACAGCAAUCUUUGUCUACGCUGCUACAUCUCCCAUCAACGGCUACUUUGGUGGUUCAUUGUAUGCUCGCCUGGGAGGCAAAGUGUGGAUAAAACAGAUGGUUCUGUCGGCCUUUCUCGUGCCAGUAUUUGUGUGCGGAACGGCAUUUUUCAUCAAUUUCAUCGCGAUCUAUUAUCACGCCUCACGAGCCAUUCCUUUCGGAACAAUGCUAGCCAUCACGUGCAUCUGCAUCUUUGUGAUUCUGCCACUGACACUGAUUGGAACCGUUGUGGGGCGCAAUCUAGACGGCCAACCCGAUUAUCCGUGUCGCGUGAAUGCCGUUCCGAGACCCAUUCCCGAGAAGAAGUGGUUUAUGGAGCCACUAGUCAUUAUCCUUCUCGGUGGAGUCCUACCUUUUGGGUCCAUCUUCAUUGAAAUGUACUUCAUCUUUACAUCUUUCUGGGCAUACAAAAUCUACUACGUGUAUGGAUUUAUGUUGCUGGUAUUCCUCAUUCUAAUGGUAGUCACGGUCUGUGUUACAAUUGUAUGCACUUAUUUCCUGCUAAAUGCCGAGGACUACCGGUGGCAAUGGACCAGUUUCCUUUCGGCAGCUUCAACGUCCAUCUACGUCUACAUUUAUUCCUUCUAUUAUUUCUUCUUCAAGACAAAGAUGUACGGCCUGUUCCAGACGACUUUCUACUUCGGCUACAUGGCUCUGUUCAGUGGGGCUCUUGGGAUAAUGUGUGGAACAGUUGGAUAUAUUGGGACAAAUGUUUUUGUGCGAAAGAUAUAUUCGAAUGUGAAAAUAGAUUAGAAAAAAAAUAAAAUAAAAGAAAGAAAAACCAUUUAGGAGGAGAAGGAGUGAGAGAAAACUAGUGAAAAAAGUAUGAAAGGAAGAAAUAAUUAUGGAAAGUGAGUAUUUUUUUAAAUGUAUUCUUAUAUUGCAAUUUUGAGGAAUAAUUUCAGAGGAGGAUUUUUGAUAGUUUUUUUUUUUUUUAAAUAAUUUUCUCUUUACCAAAAUACCAACUCUUUACGCAGCCCCUCAAAGGGAGCUCGUGAGAAGGGAAAAUGCUGCUGAAGUCACUCACAAUUCUUAUUUACCUCGAUGGUUUGUGUCAGUUUAUUAUAAUUACUUUUUUUUUAAAUUUUAUUAUUAAAAAACAAACACACAGGUCCAACAAACGACACUGAAAUAAAUAAUUAUUUUGUGUAACUGAUAGCAAGUAUGUAAGAGAAUUGAGGAAGAGAUAAUUAAAAUUAUUGAUUACGACAAGUGA